AUGAAUAAUGUUACAUUUAAAAAAAAAACAAAAAAACAAAAAAAAACAAAACUGGCGUACGCGUUAACCUUAACCAACCUAACCCUAAUCAAUCAGCCACCCACCAAACCCUCGAAGCUCCCAGCCUCCUCCCCUUUCUUCCCCCCUCAUCCACCAAGGCCACCAUUGCCACCGCCCACCAAGCUCCAGAUUCCAGCAGCGCUCCUCAUUCGCGAUCCAGCAUCGCUCCUCAUUCGCCACCCAGCAGCGCUCCUCAGCAGCCGCGACCACCACCGUGUUGAGCCCGCCUCCUCGUCGCCGAACCUCGAUGAGCUCGCCGAGGCCGCCUCUCAUUCGCCGAUGGAACAAUCACAAAGUAACUCACAGCCACAAGAUAAUGCUGCUCAAAAUUCUCAAACUGGUUCAUCUAGAGGUAAAUCUGAUCCAGCUUGGCAGUAUUUUACAGUGAAGUAUGACAAAAAUAACAAGGCUCAAUAUACAUGUAUUUUCUGCUUGAAUACUUAUAAUGGAUGGGGGAUAUAUAGAAUGAAAUAUCAUCUUGCAAAAAUUUCUGGACAAAUUAAAGUUUGUAACAAGGCUCAUUGCAUCAAUCUUAUCUUAAAAGACAUAGCAAGUCUUCCUCACAUAGCUGACCUUGCCUCUCGUGCUUCAAAAGUGACUGCCUUUGUUUACAAUCAUAUGAUUUUCUUGUCAUGGCUUAGAAAAAGAAAAGAGUGGAAAGAAAUUGUUCGACCAGGUGUAACACGUUUUGCUACUGUUUUCAUUACUUUGAAAAGUAUAUAUGAUCAUAAACAAGACUUGCAAGCAUUGGUGAUUGACAAAUAUUUCACUUCUCAUAAAUUAUCCAAGAGUGUCAAUGGGAAGAUGGUUAGUUCAAUUAUCUUGGAUAGUAAGUUUUGGGAGGAUUGUUUUACUACUGUUAUGCUUGUUGGUCCUCUGAUUAAGUUAUUGAGGCUUGUUGAUGCUGAUGAGAAACCUUCUCUGGGUAUCGUGUAUGCGGGCAUGCAAAGAGCCAAAAUUAAUAUCAAGACAAUGUUUAGAAAUAGGAAAUCUGCAUACACACCUUAUACAAGUAUCUUGAAAAUGCGGUGGGAUAAGCAUUUGAAGCGUGACCUCCAUGCAGCAGCAUACUUUUUGAAUCCAGAUUACUUCUAUAGUGAGGGGUUUGUUGAGAAGGCAAAUAUCUUGAGGUCUUUGCUUGAUUUAUUUGAUAUUAAAACUCUUUGCGAUGACUCGGUUGUCGCAAUGCAAGAGAUACAGUUGUAUCGAGAUCGAAAAGGAAGUUUUGGAAGGGAAAGUGCAUUGAAAGCAAUUAAGAGACUUGAACCUGGUGAAUGGUGGAGGCUACACGGUGGGAGUGCUCCUAACUUGCAAAAAAUGGCAAUUCGUCUUCUUCAUCAAACAUCUUCAUCAUCCGGCUGCGAGAGGAACUGGAGCCUCUUUGAACAAAUCCAUUCAAAGAGGAGGAACCGAUCAGAGCAUCAAAGGCUAAGUGACAUUGUUUAUGUCACUUAUAAUCUACGCCUUCAAUCUAGAAUGCAUCGCAAGAAGAAGAAUUAUGAUCCAAUUGACAUUCAAAGCAUUGACACAGUAGAUUUUUGGGUAAUGCCGGAUGAAGAAGAUCCUGAAUUUACUAAUGGAGACAUUGAAGGCAUUGAAAAUUUAAUUUAUACGGAUAAUGCUAUGCCUUCAUAUCCUACAGAUGGAGGAGAUGUGGAACUUGAUGUGAAUUUCCCUAAUGUUGCUGAUUCUUCAAAUACAGCUUCUUUUGGUGGUACUUCUGAUGAUGGUGGCUUUGGAUUACCUGUUUAUGAUGGAGAUGUUGGAACACUUAAUGAUAAUUAUGAUUUUUGA